AUGUCUUUCGGACGCGCAGGAAGGCGCCGACCGCGACCGCAUCGGGCUGUCGGCGCAAUUUUGGCCAUCAGCAACCUCGCCGAAGCCGGCGACAACAUCGUCAGCACCUCGUACAUCUACGGCGGCACGCACAAUCAGUUCAAAGUCGCCCUGCGCCGUUUCGGUAUCGAGGUACGGUUCGCCGACGGCGACGACGUACGGAGCAUCGCUUCGCUGAUCGAUCCGAGAACGAAGGCGAUCUAUCUGGAAACCAUCGGCAACCCGGAGUUCAACGUGCCCGACUUCGAACCGAUCGUCGAACUGGCGCGUAAGCACGACAUCGCCGUAAUCACCGACAACACGUUCGGGGCCGGCGGUUACUUGUUCCGCCCGAUCGAAUGGGGCGUCAACGUCGUGACGCAUUCGGCGACCAAAUGGAUCGGCGGACACGGCACCAGCCUCGGCGGCGUAGUGGUCGACGGCGGCAACUUCGACUGGGGCAACGGCAAAUACCGGCCUUCAGCGAACCGACCGAAAGCUACAACGGACUGA